CAGAAAUUUUCUCCCCUCCUCUCGACCUCCUUCCUCCACUAGUCACUCACCACCACUCAGGCCCACCAGUCGGGAGCUCCAAUUAUUUCCUGCUUCCUUUCUCAGAAAUUAAAGUAAAUUGAUCGGUGGGUGUGGGUCGUUUAUUCCCAAAAAACAACAAAAAAAGUUAAAAAUACUUUUCUAGUAAAGACUUAGUGUAAAUAGCACUUGUGUAAUAGCACAAUUCGACAAUUUAACUUUUCUUCAACUUGGCAAAUUUUAGUCAGGUUUAUCAGAAUAUUUUUUGAAGUGAGAAUGUCUAGUUCCAAACGCUUUCCUCCUGUACCAUUUUUUCAAGAAAUUUUGCCUAGUACGGAGUCUACGCCGAUUCCCGAGACGAGCAAGAAGCUUUUGGGCUUGGGAUCCAUAUCUACAAAGUCCUCAAAUGUGACGUCGGGCAAAGAAAAGGGUCCAGAAAAUGCUGCUGAAAAGAAGAUACAACUGUUGGGACCCUUGCAGUACCUGAGAAAACGCAAUAAUACCAAUGCUGCCAAUAGUCAAACAGCGGUGUUAGCUCCAUUGACACUGACCAAAGAAACGGUGAACCCUUUACAGUUCAAAUAUGAAGUUGAAAAGCGAAAUAAACAAAUCCACCCCACACAUUGGCACCCCCUGUACUUCCAACCGGAGAACGAGAAACCAAAGGAGGGACGUGGCACUAAGGAAAAAGUUGAAACGAUUGUAAAAUACGAGACCUUCAAUAAAGUCACUAGUUUCAAGAGUAACAAAACUCAGGAGGACGACUCAAAGAAGAAGAUGGACAUUGUCUUGUCUUCUUCUGGUUCAAAUAAGCGUAAAUCCAGUGAAAUUGAUCCCAACAAUUUCCAACUUAUCGGCGACAUCCCAUCAAUGGAUGUUUUCAAAACUUUUGUAUUCAAUCAGUAUAGAAAUACUGAGGAGCGUUUUUCCGAAUUGCAAGAACAGUUAGAUGCCAUGCUAAAGAAGGCAAGGCAGGACGUAAUGGAUCCGAAUUAUCCACUCAACGCGUAUACAAUGGUGCAAGGCAACCUAAUCGAAGAGAUAUUUUAUUGGUGCAAAACUCUCGACGUAAACACGGAGACAUUUUUCAGAACGAUAGAACUAUUUGAUAGGUUCUGUUGUCUGUUUAAUGCAGAAAUGACCAACCUCAUCAAGUCAAUGGAUAAAGCUACUCUAUCCGAGUGUAAGAAACGGAUACUCCUUCAAAAACCUUUACGAAUCUGCAGCUGCAUAAUGUUGGCUUCGAAGCUACAUUCCAAUUUAGAGUAUCCGUCUGUAAUGCUGCAUAAAGUGAAGGAGGUUUUGUCGAAGGAAAAUAAAGUUUUUACACUGAAGGCUGUGGCAGAAUCCGAAGUACGAGUUUUGCGAGUUCUCAAUUUCAGGGCCCUAUGGGGCUCGCCUUAUGAUUUAACUGAACAGUUCAUCGCCAUGCUGGAACUCACGCCACAAAGAUUGCAACAUUUUUAUGCUGUCGCCUUGUUAUAUCUACAUUACAGCUAUAUUCGACAUCCAGAGAUUUACGCUAAGGUGGAAAGUCUUUAUCGGGAAUUUUGGCUACCGGCUGGAUCUCAAGUAGCAACAAAAGAGGAGUUUAAACGCUCCAUUGAAUACAAUGCCCCUCUACGAGCUGCUUCUGUCGUCGCUGCUGCUGGAUUCCACGUCAAUGAAAGUUUCCAGGCCUCAUGCGUACAGAAAUUAUCAGAACUGAUUUCAGAACCAAUAGUUAGAAUUGCAACCAUCGCUCGCAUUUUGCUGAAUAUGGUUUGCAAAAUCCAUCCCUAUGAUAUAUCCAAGAUUGAAUAA